AUGUUGAGCGGGUUAUCCUGGCGGCUCGAGCAGGAUCUGCCUAUCCAAGAUGGCGGCUGCAGCGGCACAGGGUUUCCUCCACUCUGUACAAUGGACUUGAGGGACAAAGAGCACCACUCACAGGAGGAGGCCACCCUUUACUCGACAUUAACAUUACCUCACCUCACCUGUACAGAAGCGGUGCUUGAAGCCCUUGUGCGAGUGGGUGCAGGUGAGCACCUCUGGGUUGGAGCAGCCCACGUCCACGUAGCGCUGACCCUGGAUGAUGUUGCAGCCAUAGCACUGCAGAGCCUCCACUGCACGGGAGCACACAAAAGGUGGCGGUCGAGAACUGCAACCGACUCUCGGCAGUCAAGAAGCGGAAAUAGAAGAAGAAUAGAAGAAGACGAAGAAGUAGUUCACACGUGUUUACAACAUGGCGGCCUGACUCGCCGCUGCGCCUUUCGUACACAACAUGAACUUUCCAAACUAGUUUGUUGUGUUCUUUUCGACCCGUGGCUUGUAAAAGAAGACUCGUUUUUAAACUUCGACAUGGCGCAAAGGAAGAAGAAGAUGACUAAACGGAAGAAGCACUCUGCCGGCCGAGAGCCCAAGUCAGACUCUGACGACGGAGACUUCGAACUGGAUGUCCAAAUCAAAGACGAUGAUUCAUCCAGGGGGAAGCUGUUGCGCUUCCCCGCAGCAUCGGACUGCUUAUCGGAUGUGGAGCCGGACACCAGGGAGCUGGUCCGGGCGCAGAACAAGAAGAAGAAGAAAUCUGGAGGAUUUCAAUCCAUGGGACUCUGUUACCCAGUCUUCAAGGGCAUCAUGAAGAAGGGCUAUAAAGUCCCGACGCCAAUCCAAAGAAAAACGAUCCCGGUCAUUCUGGACGGCAAGGACGUCGUGGCCAUGGCCCGGACGGGCAGCGGCAAGACGGCCGCCUUCCUGGUGCCCAUGUUCGAGAAGCUGAAGGCGCCGCAAGCCCAGACGGGGGCCAGGGCCCUCAUCCUGACCCCGACCAGAGAGCUGGCCCUGCAGACCAUGAGGUUCACAAAAGAAUUGGGGAUGCUCACGAAACUGAAGACGACCCUGAUCCUCGGUGGGGACAGUUUGGAAGACCAGUUUGCUGCGCUUCAUGAGAACCCUGACAUAAUCAUCGGCACCCCCGGCCGUCUCAUGCACAUCGUCCAGGAAAUGAACCUGAAGUUGAACAAAGUGGAGUACGUGGUGUUCGACGAGGCCGACAGGUUGUUUGAGAUGGGCUUCGCCGAGCAGCUUCAGGAGAUCAUCAGGAGGCUUCCGGACACUAGACAGACUUUGCUGUUCUCUGCCACGCUGCCCAAGCUGCUGGUGGAGUUUGCCAAAGCCGGGCUGACGGAACCAGUGCUGAUCCGUUUGGAUGUGGACUCUAAGCUCAGUGACCUGAUAAAACUGUCGUUCUUCCACCUGCGGGUGGACGACAAGCCGGCGCUGCUUCUCCACCUCCUGAGGAACGUGAUCAAGCCUCAGGAGCAGACGGUGGUCUUCGCCGCCACCAAGCAUCACGUGGAGUACAUCAAAGAGCUGCUGUCGUCGGAAGGCGUGGAGUGCGCCUAUAUCUACAGCGCCCUGGAUCAGACGGCCAGGAAGAUAAACAUCGGGAAGUUUGUGCACCGCAGAGCCAUGGUGCUCAUCGUGACGGACGUGGCCGCUCGCGGGAUCGACAUCCCGCUGCUGGACAACGUCAUCAACUACAACUUUCCCUCCAAGUCAAAGCUCUUCUUGCACAGAGUCGGUCGGGUGGGCCGAGCGGGGCGCAGCGGCACGGCCUACAGCAUGAUUUGUCCGGACGAGAUUCCUUUCGUCUUUGACCUUCACCUUUUCCUGGGCAAACCCAUGCAGCUGGCCACGCCAGAGCACACGGCAGAUUCGGACGGCGUGUUCGGCCGCGUGCCUCAAAGCAUCCUGGAUGACGAAGCCGCCAACCUGAUGUCGGCGCACAGCAACUCUCAGGACCUGCAGAACAUGCACCGCGUCUCGGAGAACGCCUACAAGCAGUACCUCAAGUCUCGGCCCAGCCCGUCGGCCGAGUCCAUCAGACGAGUGAAGGACAUGGACCUGUCCCGCGUGGCCGUCCAUCCUUUGCUGGGGUCCGGUUUGGAGAAAACUGAACUGGAACGCCUUCAGCUAGUUGAUGCCAUCAAGGGCUACAAAUCCAAAUCGACUAUCUUCGAAAUCAACGCCACCAGCAAGACGACCGCCAACGAGGUGAUGCGGGCCAAGCGCUCUAAGGACUCGCGGCGGGUGGACAAAUUCAGCAAGAACAGAGAAAGUCUGGCUGCCGAGAAACACCUUCAUAAGCCCGUCACCGUCCCGGCCGGGAAAGACGCUGCCGACUCCAGCGAGGAUGACGACGCACUACAGGAAGUCUUUUCAGAGGUGGUUGGUGGGAAGAGGAACAGUCAUCAGGAAGAAGAGCGCCCGAAGAACAAGCGAGGCAAACAAGACGCGACAAAAGACGACGAGUACUACAUCCCCUACAGACCCAAAGACUUCAACUCGGAGAGAGGGUUAAGUUUAGGCCGCGAAGGCAGCGCCUUCGAAACGCAAGCGUCCUCCGCCGUCCUCGACCUCAUGGGAGACGAAGGGGAACAACUCAACCAGCACAAGAAAAUUAUGAAAUGGGACCGAAAGAGGAAGCGCUUUGUCACAGAAACGGGCAAAGAGGAUCAGAAGAAGAGGAUUAAACUCGAUGGUGGUCAAACCAUCCACAAGAAGAAGAACAAGAAGAACUUUUACGAGGAGUGGAAGAAGAAGUACAAGAUUGAGGACGGAGUGGCGGGUUCAGAUGGAGAAGAAGGUGAAGGAGGAGGAGGAGGAGGGAGGAAGCCAGCAAGAGGCCGGGGUCGGGGUCGCGGCCGCCCUCAACGCCAGGGUUCGGCGGCUCCUCAGUUCUUGGCGAACGGCACCAGGGUGCGCUCCGAGCUCAAGACGAGCCAGCAGAUCCUGAAGCAGCGCAAGAAGCAACAGAAGCACCGCUUCCUGCAGAGCGGAGGGCUCAAGAAAAUACGCGGCAAGAACAAGAAGUGGCUGGGAGAGGUCAAAAAGUCCGGCUUUGGUCGAGGCAGCCAAAAGAAGGGCAAGAUGAAGAAGAGGAUGUGAGAAUGAGAAAUGAGAUAUCAUAUUUAAGAUCAUUGGGAUUCUCCGUCAUCACUAUGUGGACUAUAUAAAUGGAAAUGUUUGCGCUUUUGAGUUCUCUACUGGCCUUGUCCCAUAAAUACAGACAAAAACAGGCAAACUUUUUGUCAUGUCUAUUUAAAAUAAAAAAAAAAAUGUUGGUUGCCCUCGAGACCGGUUCAGUGCGCACACAGUUUAUCUUUUUAGUUAUGUGCAAAAUCAAUGUUUAUUUUUUUCAGAAAAGGAUGCAAAUAAUUGCAGCGACAAAAGUUUGAACAAUGUCACUUUUGGUUCUAUAAACCACAAAUGAAUGAAAUUUCUUUCUGCUUUGUCUCGACCCUCUGAUGCACUAAAAUUCGUGUACUCGUACACUCCACCCCCUUUCAUAUUCAAGGUGGCUAAUUACUAUGAGUUUGUCAAAAGCAUGCCUUCAAGGCACGUCGCCUGUGUGCUUGCGGACUUGCAGUCCGUCACCCACUUUAAAAGAAGCCGUGUCGUCCCUGCAACUGCUGGGAAGGUGCAAAACACGAGCACAUGCAGAGGAGACAUCAGCACUGUGCCAAUCAAAGUGAAGGAGACCAGUUCUUCAUCUCAUCUGGAUAUGAUAUUAACACUGACACCUAUGGAGAGUUUAUCGUUUGCAAAAGAAG